AAAAUGGCUGGAAUUAUUUUCGACGAUAUGUUCAAAGUGAAAAGCGUGGAUCCAGACGGCAAAAAAUUCGACAGAGUUUCUCGAUACUUCUGCGAUGCUGAGUCUUUCAAAAUGGAGCUUAUCAUUGAUAUCAACUCGCAGAUCUAUCCACUGAAGCAGAACGACAAAGUUCGUCUUGUUCUGGCCACUACACUCCGAGAAGACGGACUUGCCGAUGAAGGAGAAUAUGAUCCAAAAGCAGAAUACCCAAGAAUCAAACAGUAUGAAUAUGUGAUGUACGGAAAAGUUUACCGCUUGGAAGACGAUGAUACUGGAACUGACGGCGGAAAGCUCGCUGCUUAUGCUUCGUUUGGCGGUCUACUGAUGCGUUUGAAGGGCGAGGCUAUCAAUUUGCAUGGUUUCGAGGUCGACAUGAAUCUGUACCUUCUCAUGAAGAAGACUGACUUCUAAUCCGCGACUGAAAGUUAUUGAUUAUUUCAUUUGUUGAUCCGUUUUCUAUUUGUUCUACUGUUUUUUAUCUCUUUCCAAUCUUCACUCAAUUUGAUCUUAUUCUGAUUUGUCAGACCGAAUUUU